GCCAUGGCGGGCGCGGCGCGGGGGCUCGGCCGGGGCUGGCGGCGGCUGCUGCUGCUCCCGCUGCUCUGCGCGCUGCUGCCGGGCCCGGCCCGCGCCGUCCACAUCAAGAAGGCGGAGGCGGCGGAGCCCGGCGAGGCGCUGCGGUACCUGCACUCGGCCGAGCUGGGCGAGGCGCUGCGGGCGCUGGUGGACGCGGCUCCCCCGGGCCUGGCGCGGCUCUUCAGCAUCGGCGAUUCGGUGGAGGGGCGGCCGCUGUGGGUGCUGCGGCUCACGGCGGGGCAGGGGCCGGAGCGGGCCGGCGAGGAGCUGGGCGGAGCGGCCCUGCCCGGCCGGCCGCAGGUGAAGCUGGUGGGGAACAUGCACGGGGACGAGCCGCUGGCCCGGCCGCUGCUGCUGCGCCUGGCCCGGGAGCUGGUGCGGGGCUGGGCCGGCGGCGACGAGCGCAUCGGCCGCCUCCUCAACACCACCGACCUCUACCUGCUGCCCAGCCUCAACCCCGACGGCUUCGAGCGCGCCCGUGAAGGCGAUUGCGGCGGGGGCGCCGGGGGCGGCCGGGAGAACAGCCGCGGCCGCGACCUCAACCGCAGCUUCCCCGACCAGUUCGGGGCCGCCGAGCCCGACCUGGAGUCCGUGCCCGAGGUGCGAGCCCUCAUCGCCUGGAUGAGCCGCAACAAGUUUCUGCUCUCUGGCAACCUUCAUGGUGGCUCAGUGGUUGCAAGCUAUCCCUACGAUGACUCUCCCACACAUAAGGCCACAGGAGUCUACAGCAAAUCAGCUGAUGAUGAAGUGUUCAAGUAUUUGGCAAAAGCUUAUGCCUCACAUCACCCCAUCAUGAGAACUGGCAAACCCAAUUGUCCUAACGAGGAGGAAGAGACCUUCAAGGAUGGCAUCACAAAUGGUGCCCAGUGGUAUGAUGUAGAAGGUGGGAUGCAGGAUUACAACUACGUGUGGGCCAACUGCUUCGAGAUCACUUUGGAGCUGUCCUGCUGCAAGUACCCGCCGACCUCUGAGCUUCAGCAGGAGUGGGAGAACAACCGGGAGUCCCUUCUUGCUUUCAUUGAGAAGGUGCACAUUGGUGUGAAAGGCUUUGUCAGGGACGCAGUCACUGAAGCUGGCCUGGAGAACGCGACCAUUGUUGUGGCUGGUAUUGCUCAUAACAUCACAGCAGGCAAAUUUGGUGAUUACCACCGGCUGCUCGUGCCUGGGACCUACAAUGUGACUGCAGUUGUGAUGGGGUACACACCAGUAACCAAAGAGAACAUCGAGGUGAAGGAGGGAGCUGCAACAGAAGUGGAUUUCUCCUUGCAGCCAACCCUGGUGCCACCAGCUCUCAAUGUCACGCCGCUCACAGCAACACCCGCUCCUGUUUCUACCGUCACCCCUACCCCUGUGCAGGCAGAGGCCCCAAGCCCAACCUCUCUCCAUCAACCCAUCCAGCCCGUGGACUUCCGGCACCACCACUUCUCCGACAUGGAGAUCUUCCUGCGGCGCCACGCCAGCCAGUAUCCCACCAUCACCCGCCUCUACUCUGCCGGCAAGUCCGUGGAGCUGCGGGAGCUCUACGUGAUGGAGAUCUCAGACAACCCUGGUGUCCACGAAGCAGGUGAGCCAGAGUUCAAGUACAUUGGUAACAUGCAUGGGAAUGAAGUUGUGGGGCGAGAGCUUCUCCUGAACCUCAUUGAGUACCUCUGCAAGAACUUUGGCACAGAUCCUGAAGUGACUGACUUGGUCCAGAACACACGGAUCCACAUCAUGCCAUCCAUGAACCCUGAUGGCUACGAGAAGUCCCAGGAAGGAGACAGAGGAGGUACCGUUGGCAGAAACAACAGCAACAACUACGACCUGAACCGGAACUUCCCGGAUCAGUUCUUCCAUGUGUCCGACCCUCCACAGCCAGAAACCCUCGCGGUCAUGGCCUGGUUAAAGACUUACCCGUUUGUGCUCUCAGCAAACCUGCACGGAGGUUCUCUGGUGGUUAAUUACCCCUUUGAUGAUGAUGAACAAGGAAUAGCCAUAUACAGUGAGUCCCCAGACGAUGCUGUGUUUCAGCAGUUGGCACUUUCCUACUCCAAGGAAAACAGGAAGAUGUAUCAGGGAAGCCCUUGCAAGGAUAUGUACCCCACUGAGUACUUCCCACAUGGCAUCACUAAUGGGGCUCAGUGGUACAACGUUCCAGGUGGGAUGCAAGACUGGAAUUACUUGCAUACCAACUGCUUUGAAGUGACCAUUGAGUUGGGCUGUGUCAAAUAUCCAAGAGCUGAGGAGCUGCCCAAGUACUGGGAGCAGAACCGUCGGUCGCUCCUCCAGUUCAUGAAGCAGAUUCAUCGUGGUGUCUCGGGGUUUGUGCUGGAUGCUGUGGAUGGAAGGGGCAUCCUCAACGCCACCGUCAGUGUUGCUGACAUCAACCACCCCGUGACCACCUACAAGGAUGGAGACUACUGGCGCCUCUUGGUCCAGGGAAUCUACAAAAUCACAGCAUCUGCUCGAGGCUAUGAUCCAGUCACCAAGAUGGUGGAAGUUGGCAGCAAAGGUGGGGUGCAAGUCAACUUCAGCCUUUCACGGACAGACGCCAAAGUGGAAGAGGGGAAGGUGACAGUCCUGAACACCCCAGACACCAGCGACCCCAACGAGAAGGAGUUUGAGACCCUCAUCAAAGACCUUUCUGCUGAGAACGGCCUGGAACACCUCCUGCUUGCCUCCUCGGGGGACGUCUCUCCCUACCGCUACCGCCCCUACAAGGACCUCUCCGAGUUCCUCCGAGGUCUCUACCUGAACUACCCGCACAUCACGAAUCUCACCAGUUUGGGUCAGAGCGUUGAGUUCCGUCAGAUCUGGUCCCUCGAAAUCUCCAACAAGCCCAACCAGUCUGAGCCUGAAGAGCCAAAGAUCCGCUUUGUUGCUGGUAUUCAUGGAAAUGCUCCCGUUGGUACAGAGCUGCUCCUGGCACUGGCAGAAUUUCUUUGUAUGAACUACAAGAAGAAUGCUGCAGUUACAAAGCUGAUCGACCGAACACGGAUUGUGAUUGUGCCUUCCCUGAACCCCGACGGGCGGGAGGUGGCGCAGGAGAGAGGCUGCACCUCCAGGAUAGGCUGGACCAACGCUCACGGCAGAGAUCUGGACACAGACUUCACAAGCAAUUACUCCCGGUACUCGGCGACACGAGAGCCUGAGACCAAAGCCAUCAUAGAGAACUUGAUACUGAAGCAGGAUUUCAGCCUCUCUGUUGCACUAGAUGGAGGAUCUUUGCUUGUCACUUACCCAUACGACAAGCCAGCACAGACAGUGGAGAACAAAGAAACACUGAAGCAUUUGGCCUCUCUGUAUGCAAACAACCAUCCAGUGAUGCAUUUGGGCCAGCCGGGCUGUCCAAAUAAGUCAGAUGAGAACAUUCCUGGCGGCGUGAUCCGUGGCUCCGAGUGGCACAGUCACCUGGGAAGCAUGAAGGAUUUCAGCGUUAUGUUUGGUCACUGUCCUGAGAUCACUGUUUACACCAGCUGCUGUUACUUCCCCAGUGCAGGGCAGCUUCCCAGCCUGUGGGCAGACCACAGGAAAUCUCUCCUGAGCAUGUUGGUGGAGGUUCAUAAGGGAAUCCAUGGCUUUGUCCAAGACAAGAGUGGCAAGGCAAUUUCUAAAGCUACUAUUGUUCUUAAUGAUGGUCUAAAGGUCUCCACUAAAGAAGGUGGCUAUUUCCAUGUGCUCUUGGCUCCAGGUUUGUACAGCAUCUAUGCAAAAGCUGAUGGGUACCAGCAGAAACAUGUCAAGGUCUUUGUACGUGAGGAUGCACCUAGCUCUGUCCUCAUCGUAUUUGACAUGGAGAACAGGAUAUUUGGUCUGCCAAGGGAGCUCAUUGUAACUGUUGCAGCUGCAAGCAUGUCUGCUCUGGUCCUCACGGCUUGUAUCAUCUGGUGUGUCUGCUCCAUCAAGUCCAACAGACACAAGGACGGAUUCCACCGCCUCCGCCAGCACCACGACGACUACGAGGACGAAAUCCGCAUGAUGUCCACCAGCUCCAAGAAGUCCCUCCUGAGCCAUGAAUUUCAGGAUGAAACGGACACUGAAGAAGAAACAUUGUACUCCAGCAAACACUGACACCUCCAGGGCAUGACAGGAGGUUCCCAUGGACCAGACCUGGUGGUGGGGGGCGAUCCCUGUGGUUCAGUUUUGAAACAUCGGCUUGCAGGAUGUGUCCUCCAGAGGUGUGGAGCUCCUUCCCCACUGCCCUCUGCUAUUUGCUCUGUUCCUACCUACCUGCAAAUCAGUGGGUGGAGGAGGUUGUGUUCAGGCUGAGGACGUGGCUUGUUACAUUUUUAGGUCAUCUGGAGGUUCACAUGAUGUUUGAGAGGCAGCUUAACAGGGUGGCCGGCAGAGUUCCCAGCACUUCCCCAGCAUCUCAGCACAGUGAGCAGAUGGUGGGGAAGUGCCCCAAGACCUGCAUGAGGUCAUAGGUACAACAGUCCAAAGCAGUUUCUCUACCUGUUUUGAUUUCAUGUUUCCCACUCUCUACUGGGGGGAAGCCUAGACCCUUCACUUGACUCCACGUUCUGCAGAGCAGCCCUUGGAAAAAUACUGUACUUGGUUCUCAGCUGCUCCCUUGGAGCUUCUCCCCACCAUGAGGUGCUGGGGCCUGCUAUGGUCUGCAGUGGUUGUGAAGCACCUCUAAUGUGUUGCUAGUUUCAGGCAUUCUGAAAGCUGGGGGAGAUGACAUCCAUUCUUGACGUGAGCGGGAGAAAGGAGCAAAUGUCAGGGAACUCUGACAAAGUUCAGUGUCUUGCCAGCUCUGCAGUACUGCUGUUCCUCACUUCUGGGGAAAAAAAACAUCCCCAUCACCCCCAGUUAAUUCUCGUUUGUGUAGUAGUCUUGGUUUUUGAGGUCUCCUGCCAGCAGUACAACAGCACCAUGACUGAAGGAGCAACUGAAGGUUGUUCUGAGCAACUGGAUAAACUGAUCGUGGUGGAUACUGUAGAAAAAAGAUGGUUUACUGACUCCACCUGAUCUGGUUUGCUCAAGUCCACCACUGUUCUGGACGAAACAGUAACAUCUGACCACUUGAGCGUUAUUGGAGGAGCAGGGAGAGGUCAUGGGAGUAUCCAUGGCCCAAUUUCAGUCUUAGAUUUUUGAAGACAAGCUGCACCAUUUGCCAUUGUCCACCUAAUACCAUUGAGUGAUCAGAGCACUUUGGAAACACCUCAAUAAGGCUCUGGGAUGGUAGACACAUCAGAUCAGCCUGCGGGCUUGGCUCUUCUGCUGCUGCAGCAUCCCUGAAGGUGGAGCAAGAGCUCCACCUGCUUGUGUCUCUGCAGUUGUGUCCCUGCUGCGGGGCCUGGGGGCAGGGCUGGAGGGCUGAGCUGAGGGAGAAGGGGAAAGCAGCCAAAUUCUGUUCUGUAGCACUUGGCAGGACGUUGGGUAGGAGCUGCAGUGUGCAUCCCCAAGACGCAUUAGAUUUGUGGGGAGUAGAAGGGAUGUCCAGAAGGGAAGAAUGGCUGAAAUGUUUGAUUUCCAAAGCCUUUAUGUAUUUCUGACAUCCUCUGCUUUCUGGGCAGAAGCCUGGGGUUAGAAUAGGCACUUAUUUUCUUGCUGCUCAUUUCUUUUCGAAUUCUUACCCCACUAACCCCUGCUCUGGGCUGCAGGAACCUGGUGCAGCAUCUUUGGCAUCUGCCCUGUGCUGAUCUGUUCUUCAGCAGCCCAGGGAGGUCCACUAGUGAAACCUGAUCAUGGUUUGCACCCGGAUGUGUGAUGGGGUCUGUUCUGCAGGGCUCUGACCUGGUCUCCUCUGGGGGAACAAUGCAGCAGAUUCCCUGCUGAAGGCUGUUGGGCCAUGUCACCUGAGGAUGGAGCUGUUCCUCAUCCCUUGGGUGGGCCCAGGCUGCCACGCUAGUCAUCUUGGCCAUCUGGGGGGACAAAGGGAACCCUCAGACACCAGUACACCACCCCCUCUGUUCCACAGGGAAUUCAUUGCAAGAAACAUGUGACAAGGUCUGGCUGGGGAAGGGUGCUGGGAACAGGGAGAUGAGUCUGAGCAUUUCCAGUGCUCCUGCUCCACCUUCCUGUGGUGUGAAAGAGCUGCUCUUGCUGCCUCUGUUCUGCAGGAGCCAUGAGCAUCCCCGUGGCUGCUCCCAGCUCAUCAUGCCAAGCAGGGGAUGGGUUCUAGCCCAGUCCGUGACCCUUUUCCACGUGUAAGGGGCUGCAGCACACAAGAGCAUUAACUCUGCCUCAUCUCCCAACUUUGCCUGCUUCUGGGGGCUCUAACAAGAAACACAGCUGGGGUUUCAUGUUAAAGUUGAGUUUGCAAACAGGUCUUGGGGCUCUGUUUGGGCUUGGUUUGCACUGGCAGCAGGUAAUGGACUGAGCUGGCCUUGCUUUGUCCCACUAGCAAUAAGUCUUGUUAGGAGCCAGCCCUGUCCCUCUCGGAGGGCAUUUUGCAAUUAGCUUGGAGUAGGUGUGUAUUUUUAAGGUGAGUGGAUUUGAGAUGUUUUGCACAUGUGUGAGACUUUUCUACGCAGCAGGACCAGGUGGGGGUGUCUGGCUCUGUGCUCAGAGCCAGGCCCGGGGGCUGUUUGUGGCCAGUCUUGGGGGGCAGGACGACCUCCCCUUGCCCUCUGUCUGUCUGUCUGUCCACCCACAGCCCUGCCCCAGCUGGUUCUGGUGAGGAGCUGGUCCCCAGAGCGUGUCGGUCCUUGCACUGUGCCUUCAAAUGUACAUUUUUAAAAGGGACUUGAAUCUCCUUCCCCGGGAAGCGGGACGGGGUGGUGGGAGGUGAGGCCUGGCCCUGCCCUCAGCCAGGCCCUCUGUUUUUUACCUGUAUACUGAGAUCCAAUAAUCUGUAUAAAGCUAUUUUGAUGUCCA